AUGUAUUGCACUAAUGAAAAGAGAGAAGAUCUAUCAGAGAUUUUAGCUAAUGUUAAAGAUGUUGAUGAAUAAAUAUUCAGUGUGAUAAUUCAAAUAUUUAGAAAAGAAAAUAUUUCAGAUAGUUUAGGAUAUCUAUAACAAGAAAAUAAUCAAAUACAUUUCAAAUAAUUCAUUUUGCAAUUAGAAAAUUUAUUAUAGGUUGAUAAAGAUUAGAAGUUAAAUGUAGUAACAAAUAACAUUAAGAUAAUAAUUAAUAUUCUCAAAUAAAUAAGAGACCAUGAUUUUAAUUAAAUUGACUAUUCCACUGAUAUCUAUUUGCAAACGAGACAAAGUUUAAAGGAAAAAAUAAAAGAGGAUUAGAGGAUCAUCAAAUUUUUAUAAUUUUUAGUUCAGCUUACAUCUUUGGAUAACUUAUUCAUCUAAAGUGGAUCUAAUUCAUUAAACUUAUUAAUUGAAAUGAAGAUUGAUCUUACAAAACAAAGUUUUGAAAACAUCAAGAUCAAAAACACUUCUUUGAUUGGAGCUAACUUUGUAAGAUGCAAUUUGAGCGGAUCUUAUUUUGAAAAUGUAUGUAUAAGCGGAAUGAACUUGAAUGGGGCAUAAUUAUUUAAUUGUAAAUGGAAAAAUAUAAAAAUAAAUCAAUUGCAUCAAUUACAUGGCAAUUGCGGUGUGGUUUGGUCAGUAUGCUUCUCCCCAGAUAGUACUACAUUAGCAUCAAGUUUUGGAGAUGGUUCCAUUCGUUUAUGGAAUGUUUAAACAGGAAGAUAAUUUGCAAUAUUAGAUGGUUAUAGCAAUCAUGUUCGAUCAGUUUGUUUCUCUCCUGAUGGUACUAAAUUAGCAUCUGGUAGUGAUAAUUCUAUCUAUAUUUGGGAUGUUAAGACAGGACAAUAAAAAUAAAAAUUGAACGGUCACUCUAAUGUUGUGAAUUCUAUAUGCUUCUCUCCUGAUGGUAAUAUAUUAGCAUCUAGUAGCAGUGAGUCUAUCUGUAUAUGGAAUGUUAAGAAAAGUAAAUUAAAAUCAAAAUUGAAUGGUCACUCAAAUGAUGUGAAAUCUAUUUGUUUUUCUCCCGAUGGUACUACAUUAGCAUCUGGUAGUUUAGAUUACUCUAUCCAUAUAUGGGAUAUAAAGAAUGGGAUAUCUAGAGCAAAAUUAUAUACUCAUAAUAGCCCUGUUAUAUCAGUAUGCUUUUCUCCUGAUGGUUCUAAAUUAGCAUCUGGUUGUGGAGAUUGCUCAAUCUGUUUAUGGGAUGUUAAUGCAUAAAAAAUAUUAUUUAGAGUUUUUGGCCAUAGUAGUUGGGUUAAUUCAAUUAGCUUCUCUCCAGAUGGUUGUACAUUAGCAUCUGGUUGUAGUGAUGACUCUAUCGGUUUUUGGGAUGUGCAGAAAGGCCAACUAAAAUCUAUGUUGUAUGACCAUAGUAGUUGGGUUACAUCAGUUUGUUUCUCUCCAAAUGGCUUAAUAUUUGCGUCUGGUAGCUUUGAUUAGUCAAUCCAUUUAUGGGAUAUUAAAGCAGCCCUAUAAUAAUCAAAAUUAGAUGGUCAUUCUAGAGCUGUCCUUUAAGUUAGUUUUUCUCCUGAUGGUAAAAUAUUCGCAUCUUGUAGUGAUGAUAAUUCUGUUUGUUUAUGGGAUGCUAAGACGGGACGAUAAAAGUCAACUCUAAUUGGUCAUAGGGGUUAUGUCCUUUCAGUUUGCUUCUCUCCUGAAGGCUCAACCUUGGCAUCUUGUAGUGAUGAUAAGUCUAUCCUAUUAUGGGAUAUUAAGACAGGACAAAAAAAAUCAAUAAUAAAAGUACAUAGCAGAUCGGUAUAGUUCUCUCCUGAUGGUACCACAUUAGCAUCUGGUAGUGAUGAUAAGCAUAUCAAAUUAUGGAAUCUUAUGACCAGAAAAUUUAAAUCGAAAUUAUGUGGGCAUACUAGUCUUGUCAAUUCGUGUUGCUUUUCUUCUGAUAGUGCCACAUUAGCAUCUGGUAGUGAUGAUAAUUCUAUCCGUUUAUGGGUUGUCAAGACAGGAUAAUAAAUAGCAAAAUUUGAUGGUCAUGAUAGUUGUGUAAAUUCAGUAUGCUUCUCACCUGAUGGUACUAUAUUAGCAUCUGGUAGUGAUGAUAAGUCUAUCCUUUUAUGGAAGGUCAGUACAAGAUAAUAACUAGCCAAAUUGGAUAAUCAUGAUAGUUGUGUAAUAUCAGUAUGCUUUUCACCUGAUGGUACUACAUUAGCUUCUGGUUGUGGUAAUCCUUAUAAUGGAGGGAAUUUUUCUAUCCUUUUAUGGGAUGUUUAGAUAGGAUAAUAAAUAGCCAAAUUGGAUGGUCAUGAUAGUUGUGUAAAUUCAGUAUGCUUCUCACCUGAUGGUACUAUAUUAGCAUCUUGUAGUGGUAUUCGUAAUAGUUGUAAAGAUUGUUCUAUCCGCUUAUGGGAUUUUAAAACAGGAAAUUAAAUCUUAGACUCAGAGAAAAAUUCAAAGGAUAUUCUUGCCUAAUUAAAAUUACCUCUUAAAGCUAAUUCAUUAUUCCAUAAUAGUAUUAAUUUCUAAUUUUAUUAGCUACCACUCCAAUUACAAUUCUUCUUAUUUCUCAAAAACUUAUCUUUUAAGCAAAAGAAGCUCUGAUUUUUAAUGGAUAAUUUACGAAUCAAUCAGGUAUUGAUUUAGGAUUACUCUUAAAAUAAAAAGGAUGCUAUUUAUUGGAAGGUUAAAAUCAAUUUUUAUAAAAGCAAAUAUGA